CUGUCCAGAUAAAGGAAUUUGGUGCGGUUACUAAAAUUGACUUCUCCCCAGUGCUUCCAUAUAACUAUGCUGUCACAGCUUCCUCAAGGAUCCACAUUUAUGGUCGUUACUCUCAGGAACCGAUCAAAACGUUUUCUCGCUUCAGAGAUGCCGCUUAUUGUGCCACGUACAGAGAUGAUGGCAAUCUGCUGGUUGCUGGCAGCGAGGAAGGUAGCAUUCGCCUCUUCGACAUCAGUGGAAAAGCACCGCUCAGACAAUUUGAUGGCCAUACUAAAGCUGUUCAUGUAGUGGGCUUCCUGUCCGACAAAUACCGAAUAUUUUCUGGUGGCGAUGAUUAUUCAUCGAAUUUGUGGGAUAUUCCAAGUGCUACAGAAAUCGUCUCAUACAGUGAACAUACUGACUAUGUGAAAUGCAGCUGUGCAAGCAAAGUGAAUGCAGAUGUCUUUGUAACAGGUUCCUACGAUCACACAGUGAAACUAUUUGAUGCACGAACAAAAAGUAGUGUAAUGACAAUAGAACAUGGCCAGCCUGUGGAGAGUGUGCUUCUCUUCCCUUCUGGUGGGCUUCUAGUAUCUGCAGGAGGUCGAUAUGUCAAAGUUUGGGAUGUACUAAAAGGCGGACAGUUACUAGUUUCACUUAAAAAUCACCACAAAACUGUAACUUGUUUAUGCCUGAACAGCUCUGGACAAAGGUUAUUGUCAGGAUCCCUGGACAGGCAUGUGAAGAUUUACAGUACUACUUCCUACAAAGUAGUCCACAGCUUUAACUAUGCGACAUCCAUCCUCAGUCUUGCUUUGUCGCCUGAAGAUGAAACCAUAGUCGUAGGCAUGACCAAUGGGGUGCUAAACAUUAAACACAGAAAACCUGAUGAAAGGAAAGAAAAGUCUGGAAAGAAGAGACAACCAGCAUACAGAACUCAUGUUAAAGGAAGAACUUACAUGCCAAAACAGGAAGAUUUCUGUGUCAGUAAACCUGUAAAACGUGUUUUGAGGAAGUAUGACAAGCUGCUGAAGAGCUUUCAGUCUUCCAAGGCCCUUGAUGCAGUACUGGAGCCACCCAUCAGGCUCUAUACUCCUGAAGUUACAGUUGCGGUCAUGCAGGAGCUACAUCGCAGAGGAACUCUGAGGAGUGCGCUUGCAGGCCGAGAUGAGAAGCAAAUUAAUCUCCUUCUUACCUUUGUGGCAAGGCGUGUGAUUGAGCCUAGAUUUACUCCUGUACUGGUGACUGUUGCAGACAUGAUCACUGAUAUUUAUCAGCCUGUGGUUGGGCAGUCAGCAAUUGUUGAUAGACAAUUCGUGAGGCUUCAUGAAGCCAUAGGAAAAGAGAUUGACUAUCAAGAGGAACUACUAGAAGUUUUGGGAAUGAUGGAUACACUGUUCGCUACUUUUACGAAUAAAACUGCUACUUAUCUAGAAGAGAAUAAAAGUAAUGGUCUUGCAGGGACCAUUGAAACAAAUAUAGAUGACUGA